GUCUUAUGGAGCAGCUCAUCUCUGAUCGUGGUAGCCAGUUCGCCAGUGAAACCACCCGGACGCUACUCACCAAACUCGGGGUCAAGUCGUCGCUCAGCACCUCCUACCACCCCCAGACUGAUGGCCAAACGGAACGCUUCAACCAGGAACUGGAACAAUAUCUGCGCGCAUUCUGCAACUUCCGCCAGGACGAUUGGGUUGACUGGCUCCCACUAGCCCAGUUUGCUCACAACUCUCAAAUUCAGGCGUCCACUGGCAAGUCGCCAUUUGAGCUGCUUUAUGGCUUCACGCCGCGUGCCUACCCCCAGCUCAAUCCCGCCGCACGCUUCCCACAUCUUCGGGACCGGCUACGUCAUCUCGAGUCAGUGCGCGAGGAGGCCCAGGCUAGCCUGCGGAUCGCUGCGGAACUUAUGAAGGACCACCACGGCGUCCCUGAGGCUACCUACAAGCCAUUCAAAGUCGGUGACAAGGUCUGGUUGGAGGGCAAGAACCUCAAAUCCGUUCGACCGAAGGCAAAACUUGAUGCCAAGCGGCACGGGCCGUUCACCAUCACGGAGGUCCUCGGCAACCCGGAGACUGCCAUCAACUUCCGUCUGGAUAUCCCCAAAACCUGGAAGUGUAUCCAUCCGGUCUUCCACGCUCAACUCCUCACCCCAUACGUGGAGACGCCCGAGCACGGCCCUAACUACACAGAAGAGCUGCCUGAGCUGGUCGACGAUGAGGAGGAGUAUGUGGUAGAGGCCAUCCUGAACGGCCAAGAGACUAGGAACAAGCGUGGAUUCGAGUACCUCGUCAAAUGGGAGGGCUACCCAGACACGGUGAACCUAUGGCGCCCAGCAUCUGCCCUCAAGAAUGCCAAGGAUGCUAUAGAUGAGUACCACAAAUGUCAUCCUCGAGCACCACGCCCAAAAAAUUACCAGGGACCAUAA